CUACCCGAGUGAAGAGUAUCGUCUGUGGUAGCAUCGAUCGGUUUUUCGUCUCCCAACAUGGCUACAUUCAACGGAGUGCAGCUUCUGGUGCUGCACUCGCUGGUGUUCUGGUGCGCCGUCAACGCCGGCGGCCUCCACCCGGCCACGGAGGGCUUCUCGCACACAAUCGCCCACCCGGACGGCUCGACGCACCACUCCACCUUCAUCAGGCACAACACGGACGUGGUGCCGCGUGAUCACGACUCUGGCGUCUACGACCCGCACUCGGGACACGUCGUGUCCGUCCACUCCACUGGCCCCCACGGUUACAGCACCGGCGCUAGCCACGUGGUCGCCUCCAGGCCGCUUGGAGCUUACGGCACCGCUGCCUACGGAACUGCCGCCUACGGUGGCUACGGAGCCUACGGAGGAUACGGAGCCUAUGGAGGUUACGGUGCUGUCGCCGCGCCAUCCUACUCUGUGGCCGCUGCUCCAGCCGUGUCCGUGGCAGCAGCUCCGGCAGUUACUGUGGCUCAUGCCCCCGCUGUCUCCGUCGCAGCCCCAGCUGCCACGACUGUCGUGAGCCAUGGAGCCGCCGUUUAUCCAGGACACACGGUCACCGGCGUCGGCUACGGAGGUGGCCUCGGCCUUGGCUACGGGGCUGGUUAUGGCCUCGGCUACGGCGGUGGUUAUGGCCUCGGCUACGGUGCCGGUUAUGGUCUCGGCUACGGCGUCGGAACCGUUGGAACCGUCGGAACCGUCGGAACCGUCGGAACGGGCGUCGCCACCUACGGAACUGGGCUCGCGACUUACGGCGCUGGCUACGGCACAGGCUACGGCACAGGCUACGGCACAGGCUACGGCGCUGGCUACGGCCUGAGCACCGGUUACGCCCUUAGCGGCCUCGGAGGCUAUGGCUACGGCCUGCCAACCUCCCGCACGGUGGUCCAGAGGGGCCCGUACAUCAACAACCGAGUCGUGCAAACGGCUUUCGGCGACGUCCACACGCCACACCACGAGUUCCACCACCACGAGCACCACACCGUGCACCCGACCGGAGGUACCGCUUUCGCCGUCGGAGCCUUCAAGAAAUAGGACCGCAAGUUCCUCGAUGCCGGCGGUGCCAUCCCAGGUGGCUUCAAGAAAUGGGAUGCCUCUCGGCCCGUCGUGUGCUUAAGCGCGGAGAACAGGUGGCCCUGACAUGAACAAGUAGCCGGCAAGACGAGCAUCGUCGAACCAUUCUGCUUCCGGCGUGGUACCGGUAGCAAGUAGUCACUAUAGCAAGGGCAAAGGCGAUCUCUACCUUCGAACGAAAAAUUGGCGGCCGCACGGUUCCCGGGAACCGAUACUAUGAGAAAUACACUGAGGAAAGUCCAUGAAGUGAUGAUGUCAGCUGAACGCUGCGAGUAAAAACGCUCUUGCCUGAUUGUUUUGUUAUCUAUUUAUGAAUAAACGAGGUAUUUCGAGUAAAAACACGUUUUAAA